UAUAAAACUUCCUUUUCAUCCGCCUUUAAAAAAUCAAGAUUUUAGUUUCAGGAAGUACAAUUAAAACAAGUUGUUUUUACAUUAUAUUUUAAACAUUAUGAUAAUUUAUAGCACUAUAAAAUCGCUUAAACCUUAUCUUACAGCUUAAAAAAUAUUCACACUUUUUUGGAUUAUAUUAUACCGAAAGGAAGUAGCUGAUUCAUCUUAUCUUCUUUUGCGUUGUAAUAUUUAUCUUAUUGUAUAUAAAUGUUAUAAUAUGCAUUUACAUAUAUAUGAAACUGUUUUGGGAAUUAACCUAGUAACUACUUUCAUACAGAAGGAAAACACGUCAACGUCAAUACGGUUGAAAGUCAUUGCUGUACAACCUUGAUUGAGACCGGACUGGUAAUGACAUGGCGAUGAUGACCUCAAAUUACACGACUGUAAUCGAAGAGACGGAAAGUUUCAUUAUAGACGUAGGUAAUCUACUCCGAGAGAGAAAAACAGACCUAUCACGCGUGAGAAAAGAGAAACAAAUAGCAGAUAAAAUAAUCGUUGACUGCUGUACAAGGAUCAGAGAUAUUCUAAACAACCUUGAGGAGAGAAGUAUAGAUGAACUAAAUGAAAAUGCAAGUACGAAAAUUAAAAAAAUUGAAUCACAUAUUGAGUAUCUUGAAACUACUAGAGAAAAAGCGGGUGAUAUUUUAAAGCGGAUGAAAAUAUUUGAUGGGAAGAAUGAAAGCGAUCUAUUUCAUCAUGCAGAUGAAAGCAGACAAUUAGCUAAUGAUGUUAAAGAUAAAAUGCACGAGAUUAAAAGAAUGUUACAUCGAGAGUUCAUACAUUUCGUGAUCAAUGCCGAUAUAGAAAAUGUCUUCAAAUGUUUAGUCUCUCUGGGCUCAGUGAUAGAUAAUCAAAUAACAACAACAACUGAAUGUCCAGAUAUAAACAUAGCAACAGUUGAAACAACGAAUUGUCACACGGCAACAAUUAAAUGCUCCGAUAUUGACAUAGUGACAUCUGAAUCAUCGACUGGUCACAUUGCAACAACUGAAUGCUCUGAUAUUAAAAUAGCAACAGUUAAAUCACCGGAUAGUCAUAAAGCAGUAAAUAAAUGCUCUGAUUCGAAUGAAGCAAUUAAUGAAAUCACCGAGCAUUUGGUUACGAGCACUGAGCAUUCACAAUUGGAUUAUAGCGUGUUUUGUUCGUCACCUUUGCAAUCUGAAGUUUCAACAAUGUCGUCUUUAGCUGAUUACGAGAACGUUACUUAUAAAAUGAACUCGAAUCCGACUACAAGGAAUGACGGUUCAGAUAUAUAUGACAGUUUACCUUGCCAUAAAAACACAUUCCAAAAUGUUGAUCAGCUAUCAUUGGAAACUAAACCAACUAGUUCUAUUAGCGAUGAAUUUGUCUCAGAUAUAUAUGAAACCGUUCCAGUCUUAAGUAAUGAAAGAUUUAAACCAUGCAGUUCUGGCACAUCAAACACCAAAAACUCUUUUGGAAAUGAGGAUUGGAAUAUAAAUGAUUCGUACACAAAGCUUGGUAUCAACCACCAGACCGUUGACUGUGAAUUAGCAAAUACUGAUACAGAAACAUCUCUGUCAGUCCCAAUGUCAACAUCACUGUCUUCAAGUACAUCGAAAUCUUGCGAUAACAACAAAUGGUAUAAACCUGUCCCCAUGAUGAGAUUUAAUGUCAAAGAAAAAUACGACAAUCAUGAAUGCAACAUAUUUGACUUGUGUUUAUGUCCGGAUGGCAAACUUCUUCUCAUAGAUGACAGAAAUCACAAGUUAAAGAGAUUUGAUCAGUCCUAUAAGUUACGAGACUCCCUGGACAUGUCCAGUGAUCCUUAUUGUGUAUGUACAGCUGGACCAAAGAUGGUUGCAGUGUCACUUCGUACAAGUAGAAACAUACAAUUCGUUCAUGUUGGAAAGAAAAUGUCAUUCGCAAAGUCAUUUGCUACUAGACAUUUUUGCCGGGGAAUUGCUUAUAUAGAUGGCUAUUUGAAUGUUUGUACUGGGAAUAUAAAUGACCCAUAUUCAGGACGAAUAGAGGUAUACAAUAACAGCGGCAAACUUCUAAAAUGUAUUCCUAGCGAGUAUACACGUUUGCCAUCUGUCAUAAAAUAUAUCGCUGUUAAUGAAGUUGGUCAACAUCGUUUUGUAACAAUGUUUAGUAAUGACAGUGUGACAUCACUGAGUGUAACAGGGACAUCUGAAAUGAGUUUCAGGCACGAAAAUCUUAAACAACCUGAAGGUAUAUGUACAAAUGGGAAAGGCGAUCUAUUUGUUUGCGGUUUCCAUAGUAACAAUAUAUUCCGUAUUUCACCUCAUAAUAAGAAAAUUGAAGAAAUAUUAAAUGAAGCGGAUGGAAUUAAGAAGCCAGCAGCAAUCCAGUAUGACUGCAUACAAUCACGACUAAUCGUGUCUUGUUAUCAUUUAAACGAAGUUUUGAUUUUUACAGUGAAAGAAAAGUAAAUUAAAAUGAUCUCAUUUAAAGAAUACAGAAUGUCAUGUUGUUGGACUAAAUUUUUAAAAUUCUAACAAACGUUUGAAUGAUUUAUUGUUGCAAAAUUGACCGAAUUAAGCGUAAUGUUUUGCUUUCGAGUUUCAACAUACAAUUGUGUAUUUUCAUUCUUGUUAUUUGUUAAGAUGAGAUUAACUUCCUUAGUGUCAUAUGCUUUGUGAAGAUAAAAAACAUUUUCUAAUUCAUUUGUAAAGAUUUACAUUUUGUCCUUAAGUCAUAUGGUUUAUUUGUUUAUUUUCAUUACAUAUUUGAAAUUGUCGGAUGUCUUAAUCAUAAAAAUCUAACGGUUGAAUUGUUAUAGUUAUAAAAUAGAUUUGACAAAUUGUUUUAAUUGAGUUUAUUAACAUAAACGUCGGUCAUUAUUCCCAAUCUCCUUACAAACAACAGAGCCCAAUUUUUUGAAAUUACAAAAGACAAGUCUGACCGCAGGAAGUGUGACCUAGUGUUGAUAGCUAUGAUACAGAACUAAGUGCACAUACUUUUAUCUUUUAUCACGCAAUGGCGAAUUACUUUUUUUAACUUCAGUUAAUCAUUACAUUUCAUGAAAUAAUUAAAAAUUGAAUUUUGCCCACCAAACUUAAACAAGUAAACCAGUAUAGGGCACACCGCAGUCUGUAAUAUUUAAAGUCGAUAUACUCUCAUUAACUGCUUGUAAAACCUUUCUAGUUAUAACUUCCCUAUCUUUGAAUUCGUCAGAAAAAUAGUGAACAUAUACGUUUCUUGCAAAGUUAUUUUCCUGAAGUAAAAAUCAUUGCACUACAGUUUAUGAAUCGUUAAUUUGUAAAAUUUAUAUAUUUUAACUGUUUUAUAUUAUUUUGCAAAUUGUUUUAUCAAAUAAACAUUUUCU